AUGGAGACUGCUAUGACUGCCACUGCUGGGCUGGGUCACCUGGCCGGCUCUGCCAAGGCUCGACGCACGAACCGAAGCCUCUCCUUUCGCUCGGGGGGCAGAUCGUCCUCGGGCCGGGGCCCGUCAUCGACGACGGGCAGACCCGGACUGUCGUUCAGCUCUCUUCGGGGCACGGUACAGCCCGAGCUGUCGCGCAGGCUAUUCAAGCUCAUCAAAUCGGAGAACAACCUGGUGAGCGCGCACGAGACGGCCGGACGGGAGCGCGUGUCGAUUGCGACGCAACUGUCCGAGUGGGGGGAGCAGACGGGCGACGACGGCGUCAGCGACCUCUCGGAUAAGGUGGGCGUCAUCCUCGGCGAGCUAGGCGAGCAGGAGGACAAUUACGCCCACGCGCUCGACGACUCGCGCGCCCUGCUCAAGUCUAUCCGCAACACGGAGAAGAGUGUCCAGCCCAGCCGCAACGCCAAGGCCAAGAUCGCCGACGAGAUACAUAAGCUCAAGGUCAAGGAACCGCAGAGCGCCAGGCUCACGGUGCUGGAGCAGGAGCUCAUACGUGCCGAGGCGGAGAAUCUCGUCGCCGAGGCGCAGCUGACCAACAUUACCCGCCAGAAGUUCAAGGAAGCUUACGGCGCAGAAUUUGCCGCCGUCAUUGAGAGAGCGGAGAAGCAGAUCAUCCUGGCUAAGCACGGGCGCCGUCUUCUCGACCUGCUCGACGACUCGCCCGUCAUGCCGGGCGACGACCGCGUCCUGUACGACCAAGGACCCCAAGCCCGCCAGGUUCUCAACGACAUCGAGGAUGACCUGCGCGAGUGGACACCCAGCACGGACCUCUACAGGCGCGGCGAGACCAGUAAGGAGGCCCAGCCGUCCCCGGAGCUGAGGGGAAAGGCCAAGGAGGAACAGCCGGGGAGCGAGGUCGGCUCCAGCAAGGAUGCGUCGCAGGGUGACGGCGGUGUCAAGGCAGCAGAGUUUGGAGCUUAA